AUGUUGCAGUCAAGUGCUUUGGACAAUAUUGGAUUUACAGUGUACUAUGGCAUGCUUGUUCACACUCCAAAAAUAGGUGACCUGGAGGUGAUUCCUAACGCAAGGGUAGGCGUGGACAGCCGCGGAAUCAUAACAUACGUGGCAACAGGCCCUUUGCUGACUACCAUCGAAAGUGAAGCUCUAAACCAUGAUCCGUCUCUCCAAAGUAUCAGUGUCGUUGACAUUACCACCUCUGGAUUCAGAAAGUUCUUUAUUCCUGGCUUCAUAGACACUCAUAUUCACGCUCCUCAGUUUCCCAACUGUGGAGUUUUUGGUAACUCAACCCUAUUUUCCUGGUUGACCAAGUACACAUAUCCAGUAGAAAUGGCAUUGGAGGACCCCAUAAAGGCAAAGGACGUCUACAAUAGAGUUGUUCAAAAGACUCUUUCUAACGGGACUACUUUUUGUGCAUACUAUGCCACUAUUCAUACGACUGCAACCAAUAUAUUGGCUGAUUGUGCUUUCAAACAUGGCCAGCGUGCAUACAUCGGAAGAAGUUGUAUGGACUGUGCAAAGAAAGAAUACACGGAUCAAGGUUUAGAAGACGGAAUACACUCGACCAAGACGGUAAUUGAGCACAUAAAAAGCAUUGACGCAGACUACAAACUGAUUAAACCAAUAUUGAGUCCGCGGAACGCCAAUAAAUGCUCGCCCGAGUUUAUGUUGUGGCUUGCAGAACAAAGCCGUGAACAAGGUAUUCCGAUCCAAGCACAUCUUAGUGAGACUGAGGACGAAGUCGAGCAAAUUUUGAAAAUGUUUCCUCACUGCAAAACCUAUACCGAAAUAUACGACUCCCACAAGCUCCUCACCGAGAGCUCCAUUCUAGGGCACUGUAUUUUUCUGAGCAAUGAAGAAUUGAAGCUUAUCAAUAAGCGCAAGAGCUCUAUUUCGCAUUGUCCAACUUCUAAUAGCUGUCUUACGUCAGGAGAAGCCAGACUGAGAUGGAUAAUUGACAGCGGGUCAAAAGUUGGCCUCGGCACCGACGUUUCAGGUGGAUUUUCUCCAUCGAUGCUCACUACAGCAAGACACGCGGUCCUUGUUUCUCGACAUGUUGCCAUGAAAACCAAAUCUGACCACGAUAAAAUUUCAGUCAACGAAUCGCUGUACCUAGCAACUCUCGGAGGAGCAAAAGUGAUGGGUAUGGAGCAAGAGCUUGGAUCAUUUGAAGUGGGUAAAAAGUGGGAAUGUCAGCUGAUAGAUCUAGACACCAAGGAAUCUCCUGUUGACCUUUUUGAUUUCCUAAACCCCUCUGUUGAAGGACUACUGGCCGGAGACCCAUCGCACAUUUCCAGGUUCCAGGAUCUCAUUGACAAAUGGGUUUUCAAUGGAGAUGAUAGAAACGUGAGAAGGGUGUAUGUUAAUGGUCGAUGCGUACUUGACAAGGAUUGA